CAAACUAAACCGGCGAUGCCUGGCGGCAAGGAACACACCAAAACAAAAAGGCGAGAAAUUAAGGACAUUGGUUUUCCAAUGCAAGCAACAGCUGUGGAGCCACUAACUCAUUUUGUUACACUUGAAGGUUCUGCAAAUGCUCUUGCGACUAACAGAGAUGCGACUCAGGUUGUUGUUGCUGGUAGAAAUGUUUUCAAGAUAUUUAAUGUCGAAGCUACUAAAUUUGUAGAGAAACUGAAUCUUCGAAUGGGUAAAAAUAUUGAUCUCAGUUAUAGUUGUGCUGAUGUUGUUUGGAAUCCUGUUGAAGAUGCUGUUCUCGCUACUGCUGCGACUAAGAUCUGUUUUACCUGGAAUCUAAAUUCAACUCAUAAACAGGAAAUGAAAUUCCAAGAUCACAAAAGAACAGUGAACAAAGUUUGUUUUCACACCAGUGAAGCACACUUCCUGUUGAGUGGUUCACAAGAUGGUACAAUGAAGUUAUUUGAUUUAAGAAAAAAGGAAGCUACUAGUACUUUUUAUAGUUUAUCGGAAAGUGUGAGAGAUGUUCAGUUUUGUCCACAUCAGUACUUUUCUUUUGCUGCUGUUCAAGAAAAUGGUUAUGUUCAGUUGUGGGACCUUAGAAGAACUGACAAAUUUGAAAGGCAAUUUGCUGCUCACAAUGGUCCUGUAUUUACUUGUGACUGGCAUCCAGAGGAAAAAUUUUUGUUCGCAACAGCUGGUCGAGAUAAAACAAUCAAGAUUUGGGACACAAGUUUUAAAGAAGUUUUAGAAAAUUGCAUUCAAACAAUUGCAUCUGUUUCAAGAGUAAAAUGGCGACCAUCUAAUAAAUACCAUAUUGCAAGUAGUUCAUUGGUUGUUGAUUUUACUGUGAAUGUUUGGGAUAUCAGAAGACCAUAUGUGCCAUUUGCAUCAUUUUGUGAACACAAAGAUGUUGCUACUGGAUUUGCAUGGCGUACUCCUCAUCUCUUGCUUACGACAAGCAAAGAUCGUUCUUUGUACCAGCAUACAUUUGCAGAUGCAGUACGUCCUGCUGAUCGGGCUAAUCCUGUGGGUCUUGAUUUAAAUCCCUUUGGUGAUAUGUCAUAUGCCUUUAAUAAGAAUAUCUUCAAAGAUACUGCCAUAAAUAUCAAGGGUUCUAAUUAUCCAGCCCAUAGACUGCAGUCUUUUUUCAAAAGAACAACCAAUAUGCAAGAUCAGUUCAGAUCUUCUAUUAGUGCCUUAACAAUACUGAAGAAUGGACAUGAGCAUUUAUCAAUGGAUUGGUUCGUCAAGACUGCUGAGAGGUAUAUGUUGCAUGGAAAGCCUUUGCCAGAUUUAUGUGAACAUAAUGCGAAUGUAGCUUCCCAGUUGCAGCGGCCUUAUAUUUAUCAUACAUGGCUUAUCUUAAAAUUGCUGUAUACAUCAGGAUCUAUGCUCUUGUCAGAAUAUUCUCAUAUGGUAGCUCAAGAUAAAUUACAGGAAGAAAAGGCUUUAGAGAGCUCUCAGGAAAGUUCCCUUAAACAUCCAUUAAGGGUCAAUAAUGGUGCAGCUUACCGCAGUCAUCACAAUAGCAGCAAAUCAGGUAGUCGGCAUGUGAGUGGUGGGAGCCAUGUUCCUGCAGAGAGAGGAAUUAACGAUAAUCCUGGCCCACUGGAGGAUGACUCAGAUUCUGGGAAUACAGAGCAUGAAAACACCAUAACAUAUUUUGCUAGUGAGCUAGCCCAAGGGGAUUUUUUCUUUGGUGAUGGGGAAGCUGAAUUGUUCCGCAUGCUAGAUUAUUCACAGCUAUCCACUUUGCCGGCUGAUGAAGACUGGACAUUACCUCGAGAAGCUUUCAAUAUUCGACAUCCACUAACAGAUGGAUCUCCUCCUCCUGAGAUAGCUAAUAUGCCAAGUUCACCUUUAUGUGCAGCAGAAGAAAUUUCCGAACGAGAGUAUGCUGUAAAUGAAGAGGAAGAGCAAAGCAUGAUGCUUGCUUUACAUAAUGCUCCCAGAUUUCCACCUUGGAAUUUUACAGAAAUUGUAGCAGACAUGCUUAAAUCCUAUGCUGAACAGGGUGAUGUCCAGAUGUCUGUGUCUGUGUUGCUUGUACUGGGUGAUAAGAUAAAAAAUGCUGUUGAAGAAAGUCUUCAGGAACAGUGGUUCCAUUCUUAUUUAGAACUUUUAAGUCGUUACCGACUAUGGAAUAUUUCCAAUGAAGUUAUAGCCUUGAGCAGUCUUCCAGCCAUAAAUUCUUUAAAUCAGCAGUCAACAGUUGUCCAUACUUUAUGUGCAAAAUGUGAUAAGUUUAUGAAUUCUGUUGGUUGGUUUUGUGACAACUGCAGCCAAAUGUGUGUGUGCAGCAUAUGCCAUCAAAUUGUUCGUGGAGUUUUUGUUUGGUGCCAAGGUUGUGCUCAUGGAGGACAUUUAUUGCACUUACAAGAAUGGUUUAAAAAAAAUCGUCAGUGUCCAGUUGGAUGUGGUCAUUUAUGUGAAUACAGAUGAAGUUCCUGCCUUUAGAGUCAUAAGAACUUUGUUUUUGUGAUGUAGUUUUGAUAUUUAUUCUUACAUCUUUACAAAGUAAUGCAGGUACUUCAAUGCAAUAUUGUAACAUAUUGAAUGAUUGUAAACCAAAAUUAAAUUCUAGUUUUUUGUUUGUUUGU